AUGAAAAGAGUGACCCAGGCGUGUGACGCCAGUAUGUCUCGUAGACGUAGCAUGAACACAAGACCUUCUGUUCACUGGUGGAACGACCAUAUCAGCGCCCUUCGUAAAGAGUGUCAUCAGAAGAGAAGAAUAUCUCAGCGUGGCUACCGACGCCCUAACUCUGCAGAGCUGGUCGCAGAGUACAAAAAAGCCCAUCGAUCCCUGAAUAAAGCCAUCAAACCUCGAUAA